AUGUUUUGGACUGAUUGGAACGAAACAAAUCCUCGCAUUGAGCGUGCAACUAUGGCUGGCAACGACCGAAGAGUUCUUUACCGAAUUGCAAACGUAAUCGAUGGUGGAUGGCCUAAUGGCUUAAUUUGUGAUUUUAUUGCUACUCGAUUAUAUUGGAUCGACGCUAAGUAA